AUGUCCUCGAUACCCAACAUGGCCCUCCGCGGCCUCGAGAUCUUCUUCGGCAUCCUCGUCCUCGGCCUCUCGGGCCACCUCGUCGCCUCCCAGGCCUACGGCGGCGCCCCCUCGGCCACCAACUACAACGUCUUCCUCGGCAUCUGGCUCCUCGUCGUCGCGGCCGUCGGCCUCGCCGCCUCCUUCGUCUCCGCCCUCGGCGGCGUCGUCAUGGCGGCCCUGGACGCGCUGAGCGUCCUCUUCGCCUUCGCGGGCGGUGUCGCCUACGCCGCCAAACUCGGCGCCCACUCCUGCUCCCGCGCCUCCUACACCGCCCACAACGUCAUCACCAACGGCGGCGUCGACCACGCCGGCAACACCGCCCCGGGCGUCAACCUCGGCAACCGCUGCCGCGAGGCCCAGGCCGAUACCGCUUUCAUCUGGUUCGCGUUCGCGGCCUUUGCCGCGUCGGCCGCGCUGAGUCUUUUGGCUUGGAGGAGGGGGGGGAAGUAG